CAAAAAAAAAAAAAACUUUAUGGAGCAAUCAGAUCUCAUCGAAAACAAAAUCGAAACCAUUGCUACCUUUCUGAUGAAAAAAACCAGUAACAACUCCUCCAAAUCGGAAACAUAACCGUCUCCAAUCACACCCACACUUUGAAUGGCAUCAUGGAAACUAAUCUCAUCAACAACAAUCAAAAACACAUCUCUCUCCCUCACCCUAAUCUCCACUCUCCUCUUCUUCCUCUUCCUCACUCCCACUCCACCCUCCCCAACUCCUAACCGCUCCCUCCUCUCCAUCUCCAACAACCUCCCAACAACCUCAACAACCUCAUGCCACCACCACAACAACAACCAAAAUUACUAUUUUACCCUCCAUUUCUGCAUCUUCAACCAAAACAACCUCUUCACAAUCCCAACCCUCUCCCUCCUCAUCCUCCUCCACUUCUACAUCCUCAUCACAACCGCCCAGUCCCACUUCUCCACCGUCACCACCAAACUCGCCGACCGCCUCCGCCUCUCCCCCUCCAUGGCCGCCGUCACUCUCCUCGCCCUCGGCAACGGCGCCCCCGACGUCUUCGCCUCCGUCGCCGCCCUCCGCGCCGGCCAGUACCGCACCGGCUUCGGGGCGAUACUCUCCGCGGGGACGUUCGUCUCGGCCUUCGUCGUCGGGUUCGUGGCGAUCCACGCGGCGCCGUUCAGCGUCGACGCGGCGUCGUUUGUGAGGGAUGUGGUGUUUUAUUUGGUUGGGGCGAGUUUCUUGUUUUGUGUGUAUUUGAGUGGAGAGAUAUUUGUGUGGCAGGCGGUUGGGUUCGUUGGGUUUUAUGUUUUCUUCGUUGGGUUUGUGUUUUGGAUGGAUUUUGGGAGUGUUGUUGAGGUUAGAGGGAAGGUUGUUGGUAUUAGUGAGGAAGAGAAGGAUUUGUUGAGGGUUAGUAAUGAUUGUGAGAUUGGUGGUGGUGAGAGCUUUAAAGGUGAGAAAGAAGGUCGGUUUUCAGGCAUUUUUCGGCUUUAUGGGAAGAUAUCAAGGAUGUGGGAGACUCCUGUAUCAGUUCUUUUGUUGCUUACGAUCCCAAAAACUUCUCCUUCUGAAUGGUCCAGGUUUUACCGAUCUGCCAACAUUGUUUUCUGUCCUCUUGCCCUUUUGUACGCUUGCAACUCAUUUGUACCACUAAACCAUCCAAUCUCAUUCCUCUUCCCAAACACCCAUCUCCCACUUUGGCUUGUCGUUCUCUUCAUGACGUCUUCCCUUGCUUUCCUUCACUUCACAAUCGAAAAACAACCUCCCAAAACCGAGCAAAUGCCAGUCAUCGUGGUAGCUUUCAUAAUGAGCGUUUUCUGGAUAUCAACAAUUGCUGGGGAGCUUCUCAACUGCUUGGCUGCGCUUGGAACCCUCCUCGAACUGCCUCCAGCUCUCCUUGGCCUAACCGUCCUUGCUUGGGGAAACUCUGUUGGUGAUCUUGUUGCUGACGUUGCAGUUGCAAAAGCUGGUCGACCAGCAAUGGCAAUGGCCGGUUGCUUUGCGGGUCCAAUGUUUAAUAUGCUCGUUGGACUAGGAACAGCCUUGGUGAUGCAAACAGCUAAUGUGUAUCCAAACGCUUACCAACUUGGAUUCCAUGUUGGUAUUGUGAUAGCUUUCGUCUUCUUGUUGCUUAGUCUAAUGGGAUCACUGUUGGUUAUAACAUGGUCUAGAUUCCGAGUUCCGAGAUUCUGGGGGGUCUGUCUUGUAGGACUCUAUGUAGUCUUCACGUUUGUUAGUUUGCUCAUUGCCACAUUUUCAACCUGAUCAUAUGCUCAAAUCUUGGAUCAACCAUAGCUUCAUUGUUUUGUUGUUGUUGUGAUCAUUUGUCAAGCAGAUUAGGAAAGUCUGAUAGAUAGGUUAAAUACAUGUGAAGAGCAAAGUAUAUGCAUAUGAUUUUUUUUGGAGAAGAUUGUAUUCCUAUUAUUUUCAGAAAGUUAAUAACAAACAAACAUUCAUAGUUCAUACUACAUUUGGUUUAGUGGACUGGUUCCUUUUUCUAUUGAUUGUAAUGUAUUUAUGCAUAAUUUAUGUAUAAAACCACACAUUUGUAAGUUUAACCAACGUUUUUUGUCUUGACCAAAAAAAGAAAACCAACGUUCCCUUUUUU